UUUUAGCAUGAUUAGUUCCAAGUAUUUAAAUUGGCAUAGAUUUAAGGAGCGGAGGUUUUAUAUGACAAAUUAUUUAAUACGUCAAUUAAUCGUACUUUGCAAUUAUUGCGAAGUAGUUCCAAGUCGAGAGAACCGUAGCUAAGAACCCGAAACCCAAUCGAUCUAACCUCGACUUUCGUCAUAGGUUCGCCAAGGCAUUUCACCCAUGAAGAGCACCGAUUUCUUGAGUUGGUGGCUAAAUCCGACUUAAGCUAAUAAGGUGCGUGGUUUGAGGGGGCAUUAGUUAGUAUUCCAUUCUGAGUUAUUUACACUGCAUG